AUGAUCGAGGUUCACAACAAAUUGCACGAUCAUGUCCUGCACAGAAGACUUAAUGUGUCCAAGGAGCAAAGGACUGGUUUGCCCGUGGAUAUCGUCAUCAAGUUCAUACAAGCUUCGGGUUUGCCGAAGGUGGACAUUGGGCCUGGAAUGCUGGCAGAUCCAUAUUUUGUUGCCGACAUUGAUGGAAAGAUCUCCUACACCUCAAGUGCGCAACGCAACACCCUAAACCCUGUCUGGAACGAAAGCUGGGCAAUAAGGAACGUUCCCAGCGAUGCCCAACUCAUCGUUGAUGUGUAUGAUAAGGAUGAGGGCUCCAUAAAUGACGAUUACAUCGGCAGUUUCUCAGCCCCCCUUGAUCCCGGCGCACAUGCUAGUGCCCUGAAAGGAGUUAUUCGUAACGGGAAAGGGAGUUUUGGAUACUUUAUAACAGUGGAGCUGUGCUCGGCACCAGACGUACCGAGAUAUACCUUUGAUGGGCCUGUGAGAUACUCCCGCCAUUUUUCGCCUACAGUGGGCACCAUCGCGAAGAUUAACAAUCCCAACGGUUCACACACAAGACUCUGGUCCACUUGGAAGAUAUCAAUGCGGGGCGUUUAUGAAUAUUUUGGACAUCAUCGUCAGCAUUGGAAUAUUCACUAUAAAGCCGCUCAAUCUAUCUUCGAAGGACCUAUGUCUCUUGGAGCACGUGCAUCGAUCCAAGCAGGACACCGAUUGCUCUACGCAAACUCAACUGCCAACGGCUUCGGGCUAAUUGAUAGUGCGGAAGGUUUCUGGGGUUUAUUCCGCGCCGGCGAAGAUCGACCGCCCUCUUCACGUGUGCUCAAUCGCGACACCCCAGAACCUCGGAGAAUAAAACCUGCUGUUUACACUUACACCAUUGGCGAAGACGGAGUCUUCAGGUUCAGCGAGACGGGAGCAAGUUUCUUCGUUGAUUUCGUAUCAAAGCAUGCUCUCCACAGCUGCUGCACGGAGACAGUGAUAUACAGCGGCGAAUUCCAUCCUAGACCAGCAUUUCCAGAUGGAUCUGGGUGGGCUUUUUUUGAAGAGAGCAUGUCAGAUGAUUCUGUAUCUUGGGAGCUGGUCAUUGAUAAUAAUUCUGGCACCUACGCUCCCGAUAAAGCCUUCCUUCCAGCCCUCAAAGGUUUUCUGCAAUACAACCUCCCAGGCCUUCGAGUCAUCACUUUUGAUUAUAAGGACGAUGAACUUGCGCUCAAGGCCUCCACCGAUUCAUGUCAGGAAUACGCCCUUGCUCAUCGAAGGACUGAAUUACAACCCACGUUAACCAGCGAAGGGAAUUCGCUCCAUCACAUGGCCAUCGUUCGUCCAGUAGAGUGA